AGUAUCGCCAAAGCAUCGUCGCUGCGAGGUCAUAAUUGGUUAUUGAGCAUGGGUCAAGAUGCCGACGGAACUGCAAGAACUUGUUGAAUUUCUCCAUCAUGGAAAUACUCAGAUCAGACAAGUUGCCUGUGAGCAUUUGUUGGGACACUCUGAGGAUCCGGCCAUUUUCAAAAAGCCGCAACUCGUACCAGUUCAGGACUUGAAACUCCUCGUUAGAGACUAUCCGCCCAUCGCGAAAAAUGCUCUUACCAUUCUUGUUAACAUCAGUCAUGAUGCCGAGAUCCUCGAAAAUCUUGCGGCCGAUGAUGGAUUCAUCGAGAUCCUGCUGAAAAAGAUAACAGAUCCCAAAGAGGCGGCCGCAGACGAAGUUGCCAUGCUACUGUCGAAUCUCGUCAAAUCUGACCGCAUGGAGAGCCUUAUCACAUUGAAACGAGCAUCACCCGCAAAGGAAGUCUCUACAUCUCAGUAUGCACUUGACCAGCUGUUCGACUGCUUUGUAAAAGGUGCCGAUGGUAGUCUUAACAAGAAAGCAAACUUCGAUUACCUGGCAUACCUUCUUGCGGACAUCUCAAAACAUGAAGCCGGCAGACAACAUUUUUUGAGCAAGCGGGAAUACGAUGGUGUGGUGCCAAUCAGCAAACUAACGGUCUUCACGGAGCACAAAAGCCACAUCAGAAGAAGAGGCGUGGCGAGUACCAUAAAAAAUGUCGCCUUUGAGAUCCGGAAACACCCACUGCUCCUGGCCGAUGACACAGAAAUCAUCGAUGGUUCUCCGGGUGUCAACAUACUUCCAUACAUUCUACUUCCCCUGGCCGGCUCAGAAGAAUAUUCGGAAGAAGAAUCAGCCAACAUGCUGCCUGAUCUGCAGCUAUUACCGCCUGACAAAGCGAGAGAGAGUGACACUCGGAUAGUGUUGACCCAUUCGGAAACUCUCUUGCUUCUGAGUACGACGAGAGAAGGGCGGGAAAAGAUGAGGAGUGCCGGUGUAUACCCAUUGAUUCGCGAGACUCACAUCCACGUGGACAACGAUGAAGUGAGGGAAGCAUGUGAUCGGUGGGUUCAGCUUAUCAUGGGAGAUGAAGAGGAAACGCCGAGGAUAGAAGAAGUGGUUGACGAUGACGAGAAGAUCGAAGAGAUAUUCUGAAUAGACCUAUGCCUAAUGAGUUGUUCAAUACCCAUUUUCGUAGCCGGUGAAGAGGUGAUAGAAUCCAGUAAUUGUUCACCGGCGACACGUUUAUCCGGC